AUGGAAUGCAAGAACGCCAAAGAAAUGUGGACCACUCUUCAAACACACCAUGAAGGAACCAGCCACAUAAAAGAAACAAGGAUUGACAUAGGAGUAAGAAAGUUUGAACUGUUUGAAAUGAGUAAUAGUGAAACUAUAGAUCAAAUGUAUGGAAGGUUUACAGUCAUCAUAAAUGAGCUAAAUUCUCUUGGCAAAAAGUAUACCACACAUGAGAGAAUAAGAAAGCUACUAAGAUGUCUACCAGAAGAAUGGAGACACAUAGUAACUGCAAUAACUGUAGCAAAAGAUCUCAAAACAAUGGAUCUAGAAGAUUUCAUUGGAUCUUUAAAAGCUCAUGAAGCAAUACUUCAAGAAAAGAAACCAGCAAAUAACAAAAUGAUUGCUCUAGAAUCACAAGUAAAAGAGAACCUUAAAAGAGAAAUGACAUGUGAUGAAGAGAAUCCCCUUCAACAAGAUGAUGAGGAAGAAAUGGCUUUUCUCUCAAGAAGAAUCCAAAGGCUGAUGAUGAGAAGAAAUCAAAUCAAAAAUUCAUUUCCACCAAGAAGAAAUGAAACUGAUUUAAGCCAAGUAAAGUGUUACGGAUGCAAUCAAACUGGACAUUACAAAAAUGAAUGUCCAAAGCUGAAGCAAAGAAAACCUCCCUACAACAAAUCCAUGAUGGCUACAUGGGACGAUCUAGAAGAAUUACCAGAAGAAGAAGAAGCAAAUGUCUGCCUAAUGACCAGAACCAACUUUGAUGAGGUAAAUCUUGAACCUUGUUCAUCAUGCAUGAAAACUGAACAACUAUUUGAUAAUCUCUUGUAUGAUUCACAAAUUACUGCUCAAAAGUAUGAUCAACUUAAAAAUGAACUCACUGAAAUUAUUAAAGAAAGAGAUGAGUAUAAAUUUGAACUUACUAAAGUCAUCAAAGAAAAAGAUGAGUAUGAAACUAAAAAUAAAACCUUAAAAGACACUUUAAAAAGAGUUCAAAAUGAUCUAGAUAAAGUAGCUAAGUUAAGUAAAGAAGAAAUUAUUGUUCAACAAGAAAACUUAGGACUAAAACAGAAUAUUUCACUUUUAGAAAAAGACAUAGCCAAAUAUGUAAAAGCAACUGAAACCUUUGAAAACAUCCUAGGUGUUCAACAAAGAGUAAUUGAUAAAAAUGGAAUAGGCUUCAAAACUCAUCAAACAAUUUAUGAUAAAGUUUUCUUACCUAAAAAAGAUCAAAAAGUAAAAAAACUGUUUUGUUCCUUCUGUCAUAAACAUGGACAUAUAAGAUACUUCUGUUUUAAGAAAAGAUCAAAAAAUUCUGUGAGAGAUCAUUCUCCAGAUAAUCUCCAAAACUGGUCUCAAAGGAAUGCAUACACAAAACCAUCUCAUAAGAGAAUACAUUUUAAAAACACUAACCAACAAGGACCCAAAUCCAUAUGGGUACCAAAAGUCUUACUAAACUCAAAUACAGGAAUGUAUGCUAGCAGUCAAGAAAAAGCCAUGGUACUUGGACAGUGGCUGCUCGAGGCACAUGACUGGAGACAGACACAGCUUCCUUUCCCUUGA